CGUUAUCUGACCUUGAAACAAUUGUAAGCAUAAAGAUAAAGAUAAAUUGUCUAACCUUUGACAAAAAACCUACUUGACUUCGAUUACCACAGAAUAUUGUUUGUUAGUGGAUAUACCUAAUGUAGUCGAAAAUACAAGGUCUCAACGACGGACAAUAAUUUCCAAGAAUUAGUGUUUGUCAAAGAAACUGGCUUAAAUUGAAGGAUUGUUUACAUUCGAAUUUAUAAAACCUUUCCGAAACAUGGGUUUGUGAAGGUUUAAUCUUGUCAGCGCAUUCGAUUAGCUUGUUUAGCAAACAGUGUUAUUCAACUAGCUACAGUUUGUAUAUUUUGAUAUUUAUACCAUGUCUAUAUGAAUAUGUAUGCUUGACCCCAUGUUACAGAAUACGCACAUAUCCCUCAUUCUAGCUUAAACGUUAGUUGCUUAAAAACUGUUUGAUGAGUCAUUCGUCCUCCCGAUAUACAUAGGUGCAUUAAUCUUAUUAACUGACUCUAUUCUUCAUUCCAUUUUUUUUCGACUAAUAAUUCGCCUCUUUAUUUGCUCGCAUUAGCAUUUCUGCUGGGAUUCGCUUGGUGUGCUUGUGGCUUAGUGAUCUGUGCUAUUCAAUAAUAAACUGUAGCUGGUGCAUCAUGUUGCAUUCUGAGAUUCAUACACCGUUGGGAUUUAUUUAAUAACAGUUAUCGAGGCGAUUGAUUUACCAAGCGUAAGAAAUUGUCUAGGAGAUAAUCCACUACAAAUCAGCCUGAUAUUGAAAACGUCUAUUCCAAUGUCAGACACUCCUGGUGUUAUUCCUAACAUGCCUAUUGCUUCACAUCAGUCAUCUACUAGUGCAAAGUCUAAUACAACUAAACGAAAAGAGAUAUAUAGAUACAAUGCUCCUUGGUGUAUUUUCAGCAUGAACUGGUCUGUCAGACCAGAUAAACGCUUUCGUUUAGCUGUGGGUAGUUUCAUUGAGGAGUACAAUAAUAAAGUCCAAGUAAUAUAUCUAGACGAUGAACAAGGAGAGUUCGUUGUACAAAGUACGUUCGCACAUCACUACCCAACGUCAAAAAUCAUGUGGAUCCCUGACACAAAGUGUAUUUUCCCUGAUUUACUUGCCACAAGUGGUGAUUACCUUCGUGUUUGGAGAAUAAAUGAAGAUUCUGAAGUUAAAAAUGAAUGCUUAUUGAAUAAUAAUAAAAAUUCGGAUUAUUGCGCCCCACUUACUUCCUUUGAUUGGAAUGAAGUAGACCCGAAUAUCAUUGGAACGUCUAGCAUCGAUACUACAUGCACUAUCUGGGCCCUUGAAACGGAGCAGGUGAUCGGCCAUACAAAUGUCGUAAGUGGACGUGUAGAAUCUCAGUUGAUAGCCCAUGACAAAGAAGUAUAUGACAUAGCUUUCAGUCGUGCUGGAGGCGGAAGAGAUGUUUUCGCUAGUGUUGGUGCAGAUGGUUCUGUACGUAUGUUUGAUCUUCGGCAUUUGGAGCAUUCUAAUAUCGUGUAUGAAGAUUCAAAUCAUUCCCCACUUUUACGCUUAGCUUGGAAUAAGCAAGAUGCAAACUAUCUAGCGACAUUUGCAAUGGACUCCGUAGAAAUAAUUAUUUUGGAUUUACGUGUACCAUGCACUCCAGUAGCUCGUUUAAACAAUCACAGAGCAUUUGUAAAUGGAUUAGCAUGGGCACCACAUUCAAGUUGUCAUUUAUGUACAGCAUCUGAAGAUUGUCAAGCUCUUAUCUGGGAUAUUCAGUCUAUGCCAAGAGCAAUAGAAGAUCCUAUUCUAGCAUAUACAGCUGCCGGUGAAAUUAAUCAAAUUCAAUGGUCAUCAACACAACCAGAUUGGAUAGCCAUUUGUUAUAAUAAUUCGUUAGAAAUUUUACGAGUAUAAUAUUUACUGUUUAUUUCUUAUUUUAUCAACUGUUUUAAAGGUGUUCUAUAAUUAAGAUCAAAUAUUAUUUCUUCCUUUAUGCUUACUAAGUAUUGUACGUUAUUUUCAUGCGUUUAAUUAUUAUUCUUUUCCAAAUAUUCUGGAUAAUUUAACUGUGUACUAUUAUCGAGAUACAUGUAUUGGUUGAAGUCAAAGUUUUGACUACAUAUGAAUCAAUUUCAAAUGUUGUUUUGUACAUUCACUUGAAAACAUUUGUGUUUGUUUAAUCAAUUUAUAAAAUUCCUUAAGAAUUACCAUUAU